UAAUAUAAUGGAGAAAGGUGGUCUUGCUCUACAGAAACAGCUAGUCAGAAAUGAAACUAUGUUGUGUACUACCAAAGCAUUGUGUCCAAAUAGAACUUAUGUGGUUGGGAAGUCAAUGGCACUAUAUGCAAGAUAUUACAAUUGGGCAUCAGAUGAGCACAGUUCACAUUUAGAGAAGUGUACCUGUAAGCCAAAAACUGUGUUCUCUGUCUGCUUUCCCUUGAGGCCUAGAAGACAGCAUAAGGAAUUACACAAUAAGGUGAAGGAAUUGGUACACAAUCCUCAGAAUAACCAGAUCAAGAAAUCUACCUCCAAAAGUAAAGAAACACCAGUUAUAGAAAAAGUAUUCUGUGAUGACUUGGAAAGAAAGAAGAGUGGAAGAAUAUACAAAAGCCUAGUACUUCCACCUAUAAAUAAUCCUGAUGUCAAGCAUGGUGUAAUGCCUCUUGAAUUGAGUUAUUCAUACAGGUACUCUUACUUUAACAAAACAUACAACAGUGUACCACGCCAAUAAAGAUUAAU